GGCUCUCGGCUUUCGGCUCGGAGGAGGCCAAGGUGCAACUUUCUUCGGUCGUCCCGAAUCCGGGUUCAUCCGACACCAGCCGCCUCCACCAUGCCGCCGAAGUUCGACCCCAACGAGAUCAAAGUCGUAUACCUGAGGUGCACCGGAGGUGAAGUCGGUGCCACUUCUGCCCUGGCCCCCAAGAUCGGCCCCCUGGGUCUGUCUCCAAAAAAGGUUUGUGAUGACAUUGCCAAGGCAACAGGUAACUGGAAGGGCCUGAGGAUUACAGUGAAACUGACCAUUCAGAACAGACAGGCCCAGAUUGAGGUGGUGCCUUCUGCCUCUGCCCUGAUCAUCAAAGCCCUCAAGGAACCACCAAGAGACAGAAAGAAACAGAAAAACAUUAAACACAGUGGGAAUAUCACUUUUGAUGAGAUCGUCAACAUUGCUGGACAGAUGCGGCACCGAUCCUUAGCCAGAGAACUCUCUGGAACCAUUAAAGAGAUCUUGGGGACUGCCCAGUCUGUGGGCUGUAAUGUUGAUGGCCGCCACCCUCAUGACAUCAUAGAUGACAUCAAUAGUGGUGCUGUGGAAUGCCCAGCCAGUUAAACACAAAGGAAAAUAUUUCAAUAAAGGAUCAUUUGACAACUGGUGGAAA